AUGGAGAUGAACGCAAAGACGAUGGAGAUAUUGUUCCCCAAUCUGCUAGACAAGUACCAGGUAACAAAGACUAUAGGAAUGGGUGGAUUCUCGAGGGUGUUUGAGGUGAUCCGUUUGAGAGAUGGGAAACACUUUGCGUGCAAAACGAACAGCAUGAUGGGCGACGAUAAACUCAUACUGCAAGAGCUCAAGAUCAUGGCCCAACUGAGGCACGACCCAGGCGUGGUUCGUCUUGUCGGCAUUGUGCGUGACUUGGGUUUCUGCCACAUCAUAAUGGAGCUGUGCGAAGGAACACUCCUCUCAAGGCUUCCCUUGGGAGAGGACGAGGCGGCACUUGUGGUGGCGAAGGUGGCGGGGACGUUGCAGCGGAUGCAUGCCCUAGGGAUGGCUCACAAUGAUAUAAAACCGGGAAACGUUCUAAUAAGCUAUGACAGCGAGGUAAAAGUGGCGGAUUUUGGCCUCUCUUGGCAGAAGGGGCAGGAAAAGGGGGCGUUGAUGCGCGGUGGAACUGCGCGGUACAUGCCCCCUGGGGAAAGGUUCAAAGAAUCUUGUGAUAUUUGGGCGCUGGGCGUGACUUUGUACGAGAUGCUCACAGGAAAGAUUGCAUAUGAGGAGCUUCAAACACCUCAGGUUCUCAGCGAGUUGGAGCGGUAUGAAGAUUUGCCCCUUAUUCUCUUCGACUGGUCAAGGGUUCCGGUGUUAGCCAAGGAUUUGAUGCUGGGGAUGCUAAAUCUGGACAAGAAAAAGCGAUUGACGGCAGCCCAGAUCUUGGAACAUCCGUGGAUCAAGCGGAUCACUCAAAAUUACAAUAGGCCAGCCCCAGAAACAAAGGUGGAGGUCGAAGCAAAACAGGAUGUGAGAACUGAAUUGAUAGUGGGAGGACAAGCUUCCGUGCCAAUGUACUGA